GCCUCAUAAUAACGCUUGGCUUUUUACUUCAUAUGAACCCUUGAGAAACCGCCACGAGGAUGAAACGGUGGACAAACUGAGAGCUAAGGUAGCCAGAAGCAGUUUCACGGGCAUGUUUCAGCUUCCUCUAUUACACUUCACGCCGGGCCAAGUGGCCCAGGUGUGUGAGACACUGGAGGAUAGCGGGGACAUAGGGCGCCUGGGCCGCUUCCUCUGGUCCCUGCCCGUCAACCCCUCUGCCUGCGAGGCCCUGAACAAACACGAGUCCGUACUCCGGGCUCGAUCUCUCGUCGCCUUCCACACGGGCAAUUUCAGAGAACUUUAUUAUAUUUUAGAGAACUUUAAAUUUUCCAAAGAGUCUCACGCUAAGCUGCAAGCCUUGUGGUUAGAAGCGCAUUACGUGGAGGCAGAGAAAUCCAGGGGACGUCCCCUGGGACCCGUGGACAAAUACCGCGUGAGGAAGAAGUUCCCACUGCCGAGGACAAUCUGGGACGGAGAACAGAAAACUCACUGUUUUAAAGAAAGGACUAGAAAUCUGCUCAGAGAGUGGUAUCUGCAAGACCCUUACCCCAAUCCUUCUAAAAAACGGGAGCUUGCCUCGGCCACGGGGUUAACCCCAACCCAGGUGGGCAACUGGUUUAAAAACCGAAGACAGAGGGACCGGGCAGCUGCGGCUCGAAACAGAUUGCAACACCAACAAAACAUGGACGAGAAAAGACAGCUGUGUGGAGUAGGACUGGCAUCAAAUUCCAUUCAAUCACCGAAACCGAUGACGUCACUAAAUCUGCGGUCCGACACCGAUUCGCCUGACAGCCAUACCAGUUCCGGUACAUCGUAUGAGUAACGCCAGCCUGGGAGGCUUAAAACCGACCUCGGUCUGGUUCAAAACAAUUUCAGUCAUCAUAUUUGUGUUUAUUUGGUCAGUCAUGUGAGGAAUGCACAGGCCACCUGUUGGCAUUGAGCACAAGCUCUGGCUGACCAGUUUGUACCGUUACACACCUGCAGGCCUCCAUAGUCCACUCUGAGAUCUCUGACGAUAAUAUUGUACGGGUCUCACCAUGUCCAUCAACGGACAUUGUCAUUAUUGAAAAUUGUCAUGACCUGUCCGUGUUAUACAUGUGCAUAAAAACUGGCCCCCAGAAUUUCAUAGGUAUUGCCAUCAGUAACUGUGUGUAUAUUUAUAAAUGAAAUGUUAUUCAUGAGAAAAGUUCAGUUGGAAUGUUUAAUAAAAAGUGCUAUAUUAAAAUUUCUUCUCAAAGAAGUCAGUCUAAAGUGGCUGAGGAUUGAAAGUGCUUGUGUUAAGAUGGAAUGGGUAUGUUAGAUGAUGGUCGAAGCUUUCACCUUUAGAAAUGUAUCAUAUAGUUCGUUGUUGUGGCUUUUAUGUAUUUCUUUGCAAGUAUACAAGUUGUUCUGUUUCUGUCCUACUAUCACGUAGCUAAUGCUGCCGUCCUGACUGAAAUUAGGGUAACUCUUGUCAUGUUAAAAUGAGUAAAGCAUGCAUGUUAUAAAAUAUGUUGUUGGUAGCUCCAGCAUGAAAUGUAACGGUUUCUCUACUUCAUUAUAGGCUGAAAGCAUUUUUAUCAGGAAUUUUGGUUUGAUUAUUCUAAUUUGAGUUUUAGAUUUUUUUGGAAAUAAGGAGACACUAGCAAAAUUGAGUUACACUGACGGGAAAAUUUGUUCUUAAAAUGGAAAUUGCUUUCAUGAUGGAAAACAAUGAAAACUUGAUGCCAAAAGGUACAAUUUCAUUUGAUCCCUUGUGAUUAUUGUCUUUUUCAUUGUUUAGAAGAGUCCCUUUGAAACACAUGACGGGAGUAAGUGGUUCAAAUAUACAACACUGGAAAACCUUCUGAGCUAUGCAGUUCCCCAAACUGAAGACUUUGCCAUACACUGUCUGGGAAGAGCUGCAAUGAUGAAUCGGUGAUAAGCACAUCCUAUAUAUAAUAUUCAUAAGCUUGUGCAUACUGGGAAUAAAUGACAAUCUUCUGUCGAAUGUGUCUACUUAAGUUAGCAGAGAAGCAACGUGUGAGCAGAAAGGGUUACGCAUGUGAAAUGUGACAAAUUCAGUCGAAUAUACUCAGCUACAGAGUAUAUCAGAUUUUGCAAUACCUGUACUCUAUGAUUGCUUAAAGGUCUGGAAGACACACAGGAAACAAUACGAACUAAUGCCAGACAGUUGUCUUUAGGACAUGGUUGUCAUGAGACAUAGUUUUGUUUGCCUAAAAGUAGACCUGUUUGAUUUUGUAAAUUUUAAAUACUUCCAAGUCUUUGAAAAUGAUUUAUCCAGUCUGAAUUUUAAAUUAGGAUACAUUCGUCUUAAAAAAAGACUUUAUCCUAAUUUAACACCGACAGUCCAACAAAAGAGUUUAAUUUAAAACUUCAAAUUAAGACUGAAGUCAAAACUGGCUUUGUGUAAACCACCCUAGCGGAUCUUACCCUCACGAAGAUUUCCACAAAUUCUACAAUGUGUAAAAUUAAAGAUGGACUGAAAACCAACGACAAUGAUUUUCUGACUGACAUCAUCAGUAUUGUAAAGAUAGAUAUGUUUCUUGGUGAACAAUGUGAUUAACACUGAUUUUGGACGUUCAUGAUGGCUGGUUAUACAACUAUUACCGUUUCAUUUAUUUCCAAGAAUGACGCGUUUAUUUUAUUGCUUCUUUCCAGCACGACCCUUAAUAUGUAAAGGUGUAAAUGUUUAUGACAAAUGUGCACAUUUACGUCAAUUUGGUAAUAGCGAGAAAUCAUCUUAUACAUCACAUUUAUAUUCUAUUAAAACAUCUGAGGAAACUUAAAGUUAUACAAAAUCCACGCUUAUUGGCUGACAGCAGAGAAUGUUUUCUCAGUUAAAGCGUACAACGUUGAUCAUGCAUGAAUUACAUAAAUAAUGGGCAAUGUGAAAAUAUGAGUUCUACGCUGUCUGAUUUCCCAUUCUGUAGCUUUACGUUGAACCGACAGGUUGUAACUGUCAUCAAAAAAUCACUUUCUUGCAUACGAUCAUCAGUUUUAUGUAUUGCCUUGAAUUCGAUAUUGGUACUAUUCGUAAAACAUAAUAACUGUACAGUGCACAGUCUGGUACCAAAAGUGGCUUAAACUAAAUUAUUUCAUAAUUCUACACACUAUAUGAUUCAGUUCGCAUAAUAUGCAUCUGUUAUGUUCAUGUGGAUUAUCGUGUGGAUCAUCAAUCCUUUCCAUGUCUUUAGUGCUAUGUUACGUUGUAUCAUAAAUGGUUUAACUGUUGAAAAUAAUAAGCUAAAGGGUACAUUGUCUUCAGACUAUUUUGUCUUGGUAUCUGUCUCUGUUCUUACUGUCAAUGUUGCUAUAUAAUGCGCUGUUGGAUUUUGUUGGAUUUGUUGCAAUGAAUAAAUAAAGAG